UUGGACAUUGUUAACAAAUUUUAUGAUGGCUGGACUCAAAAUUUCAAUUUUAGUUGUCAUAUAUUCGAUCCUGACGUUUCUUUAUUUAGUUCCUAAUGUGAUGGCUGGUGAUGCAGUAUGUCUAAGAUGCGAAAGUUUUCGAAAAUGUUCAGUUCCUCGCGGUUUUUUAUCGUUCGCUGAUAUUGGAGAUCAUCAUCGUGUAAUUGAUAAAACAGCAAGUGAUCCUGCUGACGAAAAAUUGGAUGAAUGUCUUAGCCCCAAAAAAAAAAUAUCUGGUAUUAUAAAAGGAGCUAUAUGCAGUGGUGGGACAGACGGUCUCUGUCGCCCGAUUAUUUCGAAAAGCACUUCAGUAUAUGAAUAUAAUAGUUGCCGUGCGUGCUGGAUAAUGUGCCCUUGCAAUGAUAUAUAUGAUAGAGCAGUAUGUUUAAAUUGCAAAGCUUUGAAAAACUGCAAAGUUCCCGCAGAUUUUGUGGCGUUCGCAGAGAAAGCCGAUGAGUCUAAAAUAGUUGACAAAGCAGCAGAUGAUCCAGCUGACGAAAAAAUGGAUGUUUGUCUUGGACCUAAGAAAAAAAUAUCUGGCACUUUAACAAAUUAUAUAUGCAGUGGUGGGACAGACGGUUACUGUCACGCGAUUACAAAUGCAACAGACGAUAUGUUUACUCUUGAACUAUAUUGCGCGAUGUGCCAGCUAAGGUGCCCUUGUGAAGGUAGACUCAGCCUGGGAACUGGAACUAGAACUAGAGAAACCGCUAUAUUUGUACCAAUAUGUCUAGCAGCAUUUUAUAUACUGGUAUAAUACCUUCUUAUCAUUAUUUAUAAUUGAUUCUAGAGCUCUCAGUAAAUUGGGGUGCAUAGCUGAAAUGUAAAUAAAUGAAGUUCAAACGGUGCUUAAUCAAUUUUAAA